UUGAAUUUUUUCACAACAACAUAAAAAUCGAAUUAAUUUCUUUAAAAAAAAAUAUAUAUUUGUUUAUUUGCUAACCGAUUUACCAUAAUAUCGAAAUGGAGGGAGGUUCGGUCAUGUCUUUGGACGUCAUGUCUUUGAAAUCCUCUGGACAAAACUCCAUGGCCGAUGUUGUUGUAACGCGCAGUUCAAACGCCAGCAAUAUACAAAUGGAAAAACUGAAAAUAUUGCUUAACCAGUCGGAUCCGACAAAUUCAUCGAAAGCAUUGGACAUUAAACGACGACUCGUUAGAGAUGAAUAUAAGAUGCGUAUGAAAGCGGCACCGAAGACUUUAGUGCAGAAGACAGAGGAGAAAAAGGAUCCGGUUGAACGUCAGCUGGAGGAGAGCGAUCACAAAUUGCAAGAUUUACUUGAGUUCGGUCAAGAGCUGGUGACAAAUGUGAAGGUGGCUAACGAGAAGCGUGAGCAUAUGCGACGCGAGUACGAGGCUGAGCGUAAUCAGUUGCUAAGCAAAGAUCUGCAAAAGGAAUCGAUUGAGUCAAUAGCACGUUUCAAUGAAAUCGCCGCGAAAUGGUCCGAGUUGGAGGAGUUCAAAGAACCAAUGGCGUUAUUUGAGCAUUUGGAAGAGCAAAAAGAAAAGGUCGCCGCUUUGAUGGCGAGCAAAGAUAGCCUCAUCGAGCAGUGUCAGAAAGAGAUAGACCGUAUCAACGCUAAAUAUUAUACCGAUCAAAUGGCACAAGCCAACGAUGUGCGUUGUUUAGUAGAACGUAUUGAUCGUCAAAUCGAAGUAAUAAAAUUGGCAUACCAAAGCCAUUUGGAAAUAUUGGAGAAUACCAUAAGUGAAGAACGUGAAACGAUCGCAUUUACAGAGGCGAAUAAGUGGAAUAAAUUCUACGAUGAUAUGGCAGAUAGUGAGAAGACGAAAUUCGAUUUAGCCAAACAGAAGGAGGAGUUCUACGCGGCCGAAGUAGCGCGCAUUGCAGCGGUACAGGAGGAGCUCACCUGCAGCACGCGUAUAAGGCUCGAAAAGGAGGCUGAAAUGUUGGAAUGGGAGUUACGCAACGUACGCAAUACGGUCUUGAUGAACUCGGAGAAGCUGGACUAUAACUAUCAGGUGCUGCAAAAGCGCAACGAGGAAAAUAUCGUGAUUAGCAAUCAGCAGAAGCGUCGACUUGCCAAACUUAAUGAAAAUAUAGCGUCAUUAAAAAUUAAAAUCAACGCCGUGAAUAAACAACACGAAAAUAAAUUACAACGUUUUCUGACUGAGAUACAAAAGCUGCAUGAGAGCAUAAGCGAUCUCGAACUGAAGGCGCAACAGUUUCGUUCCAACAACAAACGGAAAUUCGAUCUUGUGUGGGCAAUCAAUUACAAGGAGCUCAAAGAUCUACUAACGAAAAUCUACGAAAUCGAUCGUAUACUAUACGAACAACAAUUGGCCAUACCUUGGACAGAGCCAAACGUCGAUUGGACUGAUAUAAAUGAGACAGCGAAAAAGUCCCAUGAUAAUGUAUUGAAGUCUGUUAAGAAGAAACGCAAGUCUAGUGCGCCACCACCACGUAUUUGUGAGGAGAUAUUGGAGCGAGGUUUGGUGCGGAAUAUUUUGCGUAAAAUCGCCGAUCGUGCUGGCUUUCUAAUCGAAGAGAAAUUAUUCAAAAUAUUAGAACCUUAUUCGGAGGCUGAGAAAACCGUUGUGCGGCUGGACAACAUUUUCAUUGCUCUGCGUGUUGAUAAUGUGAAGAUGAUUUCCAAACUUACCGAAUGCUUUUUACCCUACGCCUAUUGUCCGAACUGUCCACAUGGGCUACCAAAAGAGGCUAUGCAAGACUUCUACCGCAUAGGACGUGAGUUCGAGGAUAUGGUUGCACCGGAUGAUGAUCUCGAUGUCGAUCCGGAAUUUGAUCCGACCAAUGAAGAUAAGGGUGAAGAUCAGCUGAGUAAAUGCUAUGAUAAGCUUAAAAAACAUCCGCGUUGUAAAAAUCAUCAUUUAGUUGUGGAACCGGUAUUCGUACUUAUGGCACUGAAUGAGUUUACCAAAAAGCAAAUGCAACAACAAAUGUCCUAUAAGAAAUUCUUGGAAGAAAAUGAACUACUCAGCAACACAAUACCGUUUGACGGGGAGACCAUUAAAUCGUUUUGGGGGAAAUUCAAAGAUUACUUUCCUGAAGAGAAGCGCAAGCUGUGGAUGACUUUGGAGCAUGGCUUGAACCAUUAUGUCGAGGUGUUGAAGCAGCGUACCAAGCUCGAUAAGGAAUGUGCUUUCUUGCGCAGGCAAAACAUGGAACUGAAGCAUCUGCUGCAGAAGUUUAAGGUAUAAGCUUGUUAGUAUAGUUCGGACAAAGUCCGCUUUUACUAUCCGGCAUAAACAUAGAAACACUAACUUGAAAAACCUAGCUUUGCUAAAUUAUCAUUACUAUUUCUGAAUAGAAACUUAUUGUAUCUCAUUAAACUCCACAGAAUAUUUAGAAUGAUCCAAAUAAAAUUAUUAUUUUUUUAUCACAAAAUCG